UCUUCUUCUUCUUCUUCUUCUUCUUUUGUUUUUUGAGUUUAGUGACACCAGACAUACGGCUAUAGCUUAAUAAUUGGAACAUGGACAAUUACCAAAUGUUCUUCCCAGGAGCACCAUCAGCUUCCUCAUCAUCAAUGGCGGCUUUAUCAUCACCGAAUAUGGACAGCCCUCAAACACUACUUUACAGUAGAAGCGGUAUUACCAGCUAUGGCGGUGACCAUAGCAGUUCAAGUAAUCACAGGCUUUUGGAGUCGACAGGUAUAGAAAACCAUGCAGCUAAUGGGAGACAAGUCAAACAACUUGUUGUUAAACACGAUGACGACCAUUAUUCUGAUGAUCGUGCUGCGAAUCAUGAUCAUAGUCCGCCGGCGGCGGCCGAUAACCCAGGUAAGAUGAAGAAGAAAGCGAAAAAGCCCAAGUAUGCUUUUCAGACAAGGAGCCAGGUUGACAUACUUGACGAUGGUUAUCGCUGGAGAAAAUAUGGCCAAAAAGCAGUCAAAGCCAACAAAUUUCCCAGCUACUAUCGAUGUACGUAUGAAGGAUGCAAUGUUAAGAAGCAAGUGCAACGGUUAAGCAAGGACGAAGGCGUUGUGGUAACCACUUACGAAGGAAUGCACUCUCAUCCAAUUGACAAGCCUAAUUCCGACAAUUUCGAACACAUCUUGACUCAGAUGCAGCUUACAAAUUACACGCGUGAUAGCUAGGGUAGAAACUGAUUUCUAGUCACCCAGCUGGCCAGCUUCACCUGAAGACACCGAUCGAGCUAGGUUUUGUGCUGGCCUCUGCUACUUGAAAUGGAAUGGAUCGGAAAAUGUAGCAGAUCAGUAAUAUUUAAUUUUGGUUUUUCUUUCUUUUAGCAGAUGUUUGAUAUCAAUGAUGUCGUCUACGUAUAAAAAGUACGUAGUUAACUAUGAAGUGGGCAGGUCUCAAAAUUCAAUUUAUUGUUUAAUUAGCUAGA